CAAUCACCUGGCUGUUGAUUCGCUCCUCUCCCGUUCUCUCUGUCAUUCCAAGAUGUACUCAUGUCCUAGAUGGGUAUUGAGGCUUCUUACUGCCUUUCUUUCCCUUGCUUUGGCCACGAAAUGCGGGGCAAUCCUGGUCAACGUCACCAUCGAUGACAGCCUCCCUGACCCAGUCACGGGCGCUGUAUUCACUUACUCACCGGCGGAGGCAUGGCGGGAUGGAAGGAUACCUUGUAGCGGCUGUACCGCACGUCCUGAGCCUCUCCUUUUGCACGACAGAACCUGGCACGACAGCACAUUUAAUCCUCAACCGGGUAGUAAUGACUUUCCAAACACACCCCUUCUCGCUUCGGUGAAGUUCUCUGGCACUGCGAUCUAUGUCUACUGCGCUCUGGCACGAACUAUCAGUGGGCCCACUGGGCUUAGCGAUAUGACAUUCUUCAUCGAUGGUCAGCAAGUGGGUAGAUUUAUCAACAAUCCGCCAGGUACUCAAGGAUACGACUACGACGUCCUCGUCUACCAUAAUACAACCAUUCCCGCCGGAGACCAUGAAUUCACACUCCAGAAUGGAAAUAAAGACGGGCCCAAGGCUCUGGUUUUGUUCGAUCGUAUCGUAUAUACAUACGACAAUGGGCUCAAAAGUGAAGAACAGCGCAAGUCAGAACUGGCGGCAAUUUUGGGAGGGACGCUCGGUGGGUUGGCAGUGCUCUGCACUGUGGUCGUCGUGUUCGCUUUCUGGUUCUUCCGAGUCAGAAAAAGGCGAAGCAAGGCGCAGUCCCCGAUCCUAGAAACCUCGGACUGGGAUGAUCCUCGUUAUCACGGCCAUGCACUUGGCGCAUCUGUGACCGCGUACCAGGCUGGCUCUGCUCCUUCCUGGCCCCCAGCGCCCGCUCACGGCAUACCCGCAAUGAGCAUUGCUGGUCAUAGCCAAGCGUCAGCCCCAGCGUCCAAUUCAGAUUCGUUCGAUCCAUAUUCAUCGAUUCAAUCAGGUGCUCCCAACGGGGUUUCUGAUGAACCUCCCAGCUACUACAACGACGGGAUGCAACCAACUACGACUUUCCGGAAAGGAAGGUAG